AAUAAAUAUCGUCAUUGAUUGUUCGUUAAUUAGGUACGGUACAGUUCAGUACGAAUGUCACACCAUAAACUUACGAAUUUUUCGAUACAACGCACCUGGACAUAUUGAUAUUGAUCAGUUGCUGGUUACUGAUUAUUCGAUUGUUCAAUUGUGUAUUGUAUGUUCAUUCAAUCACGCAUCCUCGAAUUAAAGUAAGCAAAGAAGGCGAAGCAAAUAGCUACGUGCUAUACCUACAUACCUUGCCUACCUCUACACAUAGUAGGUAUCUACCUACAUAAUGUCUUCGUCGACAAGUCUGAGGAGAGAGGUAAUUGGGAUAUAUAAAGAACUCCUCAACCUAGGGCGUUCCUACCCCCUCGGCUACACCUAUUUCCGCACCCGUUUACACCGCGCCUUCAUGAGCAAUUCUCAUUUGACGACUGCGGCUGAGAUACGCGCGGGGAUUGAACGGGCUGCGUUUGUGAGGAAGGAAAUUGAAGCAUUGUACGUUACAUCCAUCACAUCACUUACAUUACCACAUUAUCACAUUAUCACAUUACCACAUCGCCAAAUAUCCUCUUCGUCUACUCAAUUACCCAUUGUGAGAGCCUGAGAAGAUUAA